AUGUAUCUCAAUCAACUUGUUCUUGCUGGUCUUGCCCUAUGUGGCUCCGCUUUAGCGUCUCCGACGCCCGCCAAACGGGCAGACGAAAAGGUAGGGUAUCUCUCUGUCUACUGGACAACCGACGACGAGAGUGUCUACUUUGCCUUGAGCGACAAUGAUGACCCGCUCGGCUUUGCUGCGAUUAAUAGUGGUAACGCUGUUGUUUCCCCAACGCUGGGUACCAAGGCCGUCCGCGACACGAGUAUUAUUGCGGGACAGGGAGAUGAUGCUGGUAAAUAUUGGAUUAUUGGGACGGACCUGAAUAUCGGCGAAGUGAGUUUCCUUACCCAUAUCUUGAUCGCCAGAGGUGCUGACCGACAGACAACCUGGGACGCCGCCGUCCGCACUGGCUCGCGCGCGAUCUAUGUAUGGGAGAGCACGGACUUGGUCAAUUGGAGUGAGAACACCCUCGUGACGGUUGAGGAUAGCACCGCCGGAAUGGUAUGGGCACCGGAUGCCAUUUGGGACCCGGAACAAGGGCAAUACUUCGUUCACUGGGCCUCGCGAUUUUAUGCCGCCGACGACACAGACCACACGGGUGACGCAACGACAGGCAACGUGCUACGCUACGCCUACACCAGUGACUUCAAGACCUUCGGCGAGCCACAGGAUUAUAUCGUGGGCACUACCGACGUGAUCGACCUGUGCCUCAUCCAGCUCGAUAGCAACACCCUUCUGCGCUCAUAUGUCAACAGCAGCAGCGCGGAUGGUUUGCCCGUGGAGAUCAGCACCAACGGUCUUCUCGGUGACUGGUCGCUUCUGGGUUCGAUCGCUGACAGUGCCGGCUACGAAGCUCCCUACUUCUUUGCCGAUAAUACAGGUGGUGGUAAAGGAUAUAUGACAGCGGAUCUUGUUGGUAGCUCUCCCGGUAUUUCGGGUUGGACGUCGGAGGAUCUCAGUUCAGGUGUUCUUACUAAAGAUACUUCUCAUGAUCUGACUUUUAUGAGACACGAUUCUGUGCUUGCUGUGACGCAAAGUCAGUAUGACGCGUUGAAGGCAAUGUAA